AUGCAAGAAUUCCCGCUACCAACGCAGGGAGCCUCCCUGAUCCUUGCCUUCCGACCGCAGACAACCCUCAUCAUUGGUGCUGGACCAUUAGCAGCAACCAGGGCCUUCUCAGCUCUCGAAACCGGCUCGACCGUAACGAUUUUGGUCAAUGGAGGUCUCACCUCUGCCUGUGAGGAGCUGAAAUGGCGCUUUGAACACGGACAGCUCGACAUCGUCGACUGGGACCUGUUGCGGUCCGAAUAUCAGCCCGAAUCCGACAUCGAAGCACUACGGCAUUUUCUCGACCAAUUCUCUACUGUUUCCCUCGCCUGCAUCACCGACACUGUCAUUGGAAGUGCUGGAAGAAGAACAAGGCACGAAUCCGAAGAGCUCUAUCGCCUAUUCCAGUCCCGAAACAUCCCAGUUAACACUACCGACAUGCCGGAACUUUGCGACUUCACCUUCACCUCGACACACCGCUUCGUCGACCCCGUCUCGGGUUCUUCUUCACCACUUCAAGUUGGAGUCACGACCAACGGACAGGGAUGUCGUCUCGCAUCACGGUUACGAAGAGACAUUGUCUCUAAAUUGCCCGCUGAUGUAGGCACGGCUGCUGCCAAUGUUGGACAUCUUCGAACACUCGCCAAGGCCUCCGCUGAGCCACUAAAGGCCAAGCAGGGCGAUCUACCUGAGGAGGAAGUAGGAUUCGACGAGAUAGAAGAAGACAAUGUCGUCACCACCCCUAAUCGACCUGUUCCCUCCAGAUCUACGACAGAAUCAGAAGUCGAAAGCGCCAAGCGUCGUAUGAAAUGGGUGGCCCAAGUCAGCGAGUAUUGGCCGCUAUCCAAGCUCUCUGCUCUGACGACACCUGAAAUGGACAAAUUGCUCGAUGGCGAAUUCUCCCAGCUCUCCCUCCCGUCCCCCAACACUUCUAUUCAUUCGCUAUCACCGCCAAAGCAAGGAAAAAUCUUCCUCGUCGGUUCUGGUCCCGGCCAUCCAUCACUCCUAACCAUCGCAACACAUACCGUCCUGACGCGGGUGGCAGAUAUCGUCCUGUCAGACAAGCUUGUCCCAGACGCUGUUUUGGCGUUGAUCCCCAAGCACGUUGAGGUUCGCAUCGCCAGGAAAUUCCCUGGAAAUGCCGAAGCUGCCCAAAAUGAAAUGAUGGAAGCUGCCGUUGAAGCUGCCAGUCGAGGUUUCAAUGUCGUCCGACUGAAACAGGGAGAUCCUGUCGUGUACGGCCGGGCAGGCGAGGAAGUACUCUAUUUCCGUUCGCAUGGCUUUGAGCCGUUGGUUGUUCCCGGUGUCAGCUCUGCUCUGGCAGGACCUACGUUCGCGGGAAUUCCGGUUACCCAGAGGGGUGUGGCGGAAUCGUUCAUUGUGUGCACUGGCGUGGGGAGGAAGGGGAAGGAGAUUCGGCUUCCUGGCUACGAGCGGGGCCGGACACUGCUCAUCUUGAUGGGUGUAGCUCGAUUGGCCCAGGUCGUCCAGUCGCUGACCAGCCCGGAACCAGGUUCUCGUCGGGAUGGCUCUGCUUAUCCCCUACACACGCCUAUCGCAAUCAUCGAGCGAGCGUCCAUGCCGGACCAGCGGGUCGUCAGCUCCACUCUACGUGAUAUCGUGAAAGCUUUGGAAAGUUCAGGGGAGCAGAGACCUCCUGGGAUGAUUCUGGUGGGGUGGUCGGUGAUUGCGCUGUACGGAAAGGGAGAUACUUCUGUUCUUGAUGAUUGUGGUGAAGAAGAAGAUGAGAAGCGAAUACAGAGGUGGUUAGGUGGGGACCAGGCUACUGGGUGGCGGGUGCAGACGGGGAUCGACGACAAAUGGGACCUUUUCUGAUGCUUUUUUUUUUCUUUCUCUUGGUUUGGGGUGCAGAUGUCGAAAUCUAGACACACGACUG